AUGCCCAACAAGCGUUCCGGCUCCGACGGCGGGAUGCCCUCGCCCGAGAUCAAGAAACAGCGACUUACACCUUCCAUUGAGGACAAGGUUCAUGAAGUGGCGAUCAAGCGUGAAGCUGAGGCUUCUCCAUCUGCCUCAACUGCUGCACCCCCGUCCCCGUUGGCACCCGGCUUUUCCGAUCUUCCAGACGAUAAUGCCCCUGAAGACACCAAUACUCCUCAAGACCCUCUUCCCUGCUCAGAAUGCGCCCAGAAACUCUUCUCCGAGGGUCCCGGCGGGGAGAUUAUCGGCCCACUCAAAUGCCUCUACUCCGAUGAAGAGGAACCAUGCUCCGAGUGUACACGCCUCAACCUCCCUUGCACUCACCUAACUUGGCCUGCUCGUGCAACUGCCGCCGAGAUACAGAAGAUGAAGCCAGGCCGAAAAGCGCUCAAAGCCACUCAAGCCCUUUCGGCGAGGUUGAAGUCGGUAUGGAAAGUUCUUGACCGGACUGACGCCAAGCUAACUGAGUUACGGAACAUCAACCGCAACUUAUUCCGCGUGGUUAAUGAGCUCCGGGAAAGUAACUCUAAAGAACCUUUGGACCUUGGAUAUCUGGAGGACUUUUCUUCUGCGUGGGAUGAGACAGAGGAUGGAAAGUAUGAAUGA